AUGAGAAAUAACCCGCCGUCUUGGGUGUGUGCCAAACGUUUGGAUUUGAGUGACUCCAGACCGAGGAACACACAAAUGCAUGAGUACAUCUUCAUUUUUCAACGUCCCAUUUCUACCCCUCUUGUGUCUUUCAAACUUUUCCUCCCCCUUUAUUUUUUUUACUUUUAUCUUUCUUUUUCUCCUUUCUCCCUUCUUCAUCUCCUCUUGUCUCGUUCUUUUCUUCCUUUCUGCCACUUUCUUCACCUCCUCCUCUAUCACUCUUUCUUCCCUUCUCUUCAGCCCCUUUUUUUCUCCUCUUUGCAACCUUUUACUGGAGGAGUCUGGAGGAAAGAGUGA